AUGAGGCAUUUACGGUGGAAAGAAUUUACCUUCGCACGGGUAUUAUUCUUCGCUGUGAUAUGUUUCAACAAUGCCGGUACAUCGCUUAGCUGUAAUUGCGUGCCGGAAAGCCUUUGUCCAGCGCCGGAUGUGGAUUUGCGGCUAGUGGCUGCGGACGAGGAAUGUCCGGUGGGCAUGCUGUGUUGCGAUGUGCCGGUGAAUGAUAAACCUACCCGACUGUCGGACAAACUGGACGGCGAACCGUUCUGCGAUGGAGUGUGUGUAUCGGAUCGAUCAGAAUGCGAUGCCCGUGAGGAGUACGAUGAGUACGGUGCGGAUGCAAUCGACAUACGGUCGAACGAUGGCAAACGUUGUCCCGGCGGCCAGUAUUGUUGUACGACAACGCCGGAUAAACCCGCAUCUUGCGAUGGAACGUGUCUACCGCGAUCGCUCUGUACAGUGUUCGAACCUGGUGUAGAUUGUGGCUCGGGGAAGGUUUGCUGCCGUAUGGAACGUACAUCGUGGGUGGAUAUGAUCAACGAUAUCAAUGGCAUGGCGGGACCGGACUCCGUCGACGAACGACCGCGUCCGUGCGAGUGGAGUGCACUGCAAGCAGAUGGUACCCGCGUUCCACCGUGGUUGGUAUCGGUUUGGGCAAGGGUUGAAAUCAUACCCGGUCUGCGAACCGAUCAGUUCAUUUGUGGUGGUGUACUUGUGGACCAAACGCUGGUACUUACGACUGCCAGUCACGUGAAGCAUCUGCCCAAGGAGGAACUGUUUGUGAAUGUUGGCGAUUACGAUAUAUCUAGCCGUUCUGCGCUACGGAUGGCAAAUAUCUACACCCUCGAAGAAAAGAUCGUCCACGAAGACUACAGUCCAUCCGAUGCAGUGCACAACGAUGUUGCGCUGUUGCGCCUUACAGACACGGUUCGCAACGGACGGUGCGUUGCUGCGCUUGCUGCCUCAUCUGCAAGGCAGUCAGACAGCAGCUGCUACACGAUCGGCUGGAACCGUACGCUGCUUGGCAAGGGUUUCGGACAUCCCAAACGGUACCCGGUACAAGUGACCACCUUCCAGGACGAUCUGUUUUGCGCUCCCGGAACGCUCUGUCUCGGUAAUGAUGGAGAGCACUGUAAUGAUGAUUCUCUAGAUGGAUCGGCUAUUGUCUGUGAGGAAGGAGGGUCGCAAGGUGACUGGAAGCUGAGAGGAUUGCUGGUUAGCAACUGUACCGGUGUGGCGAUCGAGAGUGUUGGCGCGUGGUUUAACCACCAGCGGAAUCCUGCCUUCGUACAGCAACCGAAACCAGCCGACCCGUCCCGCCAGUACUUGCCUGUGCUAUGA